CCACCAUGAAGCUCACCGUGCAGGACUUCCGCCCCGUCGCCUACUGGCUGUGGGACGUGCGCGACGCCGACGACGUCUGCGGCAUCUGCCAGCACCUCUUCGACGACGUCUGCGGCGGCGCGUGCAAGGCGGCCGGCGAUGCGUGUCCGCUGCUCGUCGGGCGCUGCACGCACGUCUUCCACAUGCACUGCAUCAUGCGCUGGCUCGCCAGCCAGCGCAGCCGCGGCAGCGAGCAGGCGCCGGCGCGUGCCGAGGACCUGUGCCCGAUGUGCAAGCGGCCCUGGCAGGAGAUGGCGCACGAGCCCGAGGGAGCAGCAGCGACAGCAGAGGCGACGACGUAGCGCAGCAGUGUCGCCCCGGCACUAGCUGAGCUCGUUGCGAGACUGGCGACGCAGCAAGCAUGCACCUCUCGCAGCCAUACUCGGCGCUUCGCCAAGGACGGCACUUCGGCUCGCAGCAGCAGCACCGCCUGGGCACGCCUCGCCGCUCACAUGCAUGUGCGGCGCGGCGAGACAAACGCAGAGUCGCCGGCACAGCCUGCGCAAGGUCGCGAUGCAGCCGUGCCUCAGACAAGCGGCCGAGACCCGCGCGUGCUUCAGAUCUGCGCACGCACAGGCAGUCACAGCGCGGGCUGCCGCACCGCUCACGGCCUGGGCGACCACACCGCGUCUGGCACUGCUCGAGUGUUCCCGGCCAGGCUGUGCCAGCGACGCCGCCGCGGAACGGCGCUCAGCUGCGCCCUGCGUCGACUAUGAAUAGGAUCUGAUUACACGCCUG